AUGCUGCCGCUCGUAAACCAAGCGUCCGUGCUCGUCGGCUUCAGGCCAUCGUGGUCUGGUCCAGCGGAACCCGAGCAGAACCUAUCGGCCGUCUCCCCGGACGAGCGGCGGCGGCUCCGCCGCAUGAUCUCCAACCGCGAGUCCGCCCGCCGCUCCCGAGCGCGGAAGCAACGCCACCUAGAGGAACUCCGCGGCCAGGCGGGCCGACUCCGGUCCCAGAACCACGAGCUAGCGGACCGCCUCGGCGGCCUCGCUCGCCGCUGUCUCCUUCUCCGACAGGACAACGACCGCCUCCGCGCCGAGGCCUCCGCCCUGUGCCGGCGGCUCGCGGAUCUCCGCCGCGAGGUGGCCCUCCGCCAGUUUCACCGCCUGGUUGCGCCGCCUCCUCUCGGCGCCCACCACGAGCUAGCUUGGGCAUCGUUGAUUGUCUAA